GAGGGCUCUAAGAAGCCAUGGACGUCAAGAGGCUGCAGGGGGCGCUGAAAGAUUUUGAGAAGAGAGGGAAAAAGGAAGUUUGUCCUGUCCUGGAUCAGUUUCUUUGUCAUGUAGCCAAGACUGGAGAAACCAUGAUUCAGUGGUCCCAGUUUAAAGGCUAUUUCAUUUUUAAACUGGAGAAAGUGAUGGAUGAUUUUAGAACUUCAGCACCAGAGCCACGAGGGCCUCCCAAUCCUAAUGUUGAAUAUAUUCCCUUUGAUGAAAUGAAAGAAAGAAUACUGAAGAUCGUCACUGGAUUUAAUGGCAUCCCUUUUACUGUUCAAUGACUCUCUGAAUUGCUAACAGAUCCAAGGAGAAACUAUACAGGAACAGACAAAUUUCUCAGAGGAGUAGAAAAGAAUGUGAUGGUUGUUAGUUGCGUUUGUCCUUCUUCAGAGAAAAAUAGUUGCAACAGUUUAAAUCGAAUGAAUGGAGUGAUGUUUCCUGGAAAUUCACCAAAUUAUACUGACAGGUCUAAUAUAAAUGGGCCAGGAACACCCAGGCCACUUAAUCGACCAAAGGUUUCCUUGUCAGCCCCCUUGACAACAAAUGGUUUGCCUGAGAGACCAGACAGCAAAAGUCUACAGCAAAAUGAAGAGAAAAAUCACAGUGAUUCUCCAAUACCUGAUGCGGAGGCGUCCUCGUUGAGCCCAGUAAAAAAUAAACGUACAAUUGAGGAUGCUGUGGAAGCCGAGGGACAUGAGGUAAAAAGACUCAGGUUUAACAGAGAAGAUGACGUCAGAGAGCUGGCCAGUCAGACGGUCUCUCAGGAGAGUUCUUCAGCGGCAGAAGAAACCAAAGUUUCAUCACCUCAGGGAAAGGACAAAGAAAGUAGUUGCACCAGACAGCACUGUACGGAUGAUGAUGAAGAGGACGAUGAAGAGGAGGAAGAAGAGUCUUUUAUGACGUCAAGAGAAAUGAUCCCAGAAAGGAACAGUCAAGAAAAAGAAACUGAGGAUGCCUUAACUGUGAAUGAAGAGACUUCUGAGGAAAGUAACCAGAUGGAGGAAUCUGACCUGCCCCAAGCUGAGGAAGAUUCACAUUUGGGAGCUAGUGAGAAUCCAGGCACUGUAAGUAGAGGCUCUGACUGCCAUGAGACAGAAGAGCUAGGAGAAUGCGAUUCAAGCCCAGCUGGAGAGAGCCUUACUGAGCCAUGUAUGGAAAAUGAUGAAGCCACGGACAUCACAGAUGAGCCAAUGGAACAAGACUAA